GAUUGUUUUCUCCAAAGCUUUGCACUUUGGUUGAGAGUUGACCGCCUGUCCGGCCGUCCGCCUGCGGGCAGCAGAUACCCAUAGUGUCGGCUCAAGCCGACAAUUCACGAACUAUCCAACCAUCUUGCCGCGCCUCGGCCGAAUUCGGGGACGCUGUGCGCGAUCCGAUUACGAACCAUGCAAGGCACGUUCUUCUUCAUCACCCUUCUGAUCCCACUGUACCAGGGCGCCUUCUUGAAGAGACAAAAGAGGGAGCUGCUCGCGAAUCCACCAGAGGAGACCUGCUCGCCCCUGAAGAACCACGUGUCCUUCUCCUCCGUGAAGGUGAGCAUCGGUACACCGCCACAGGCCUUCCAACUUGUGGCAGACACAGGUAGCAACGACCUCAUCGUCGUGGACUGCACCUGCCGAGAUUGCCCACGAGACUGGGGCUCCUGUUUCACAGGUCCCAAGCGUUCCACGUCGUUCGACAUGACCGUCUACAAGAACGGGAAUACGAGCCGCACCGCCAACUUCGCGCGGAAGGAGCAGCAGGGCCCCCUGGCCAUGGUCAUCUCCUUUGGCAGUGGCCAGGUUGCUGCAGAGAUUGCCUCCGAUGAGGUCCGCGUGGGCUCCACGCACAGCUAUAUGAAGAAUGGCUUGCUCCUUCUGGUGGACCAUUCCCUGAACCUGCCAGGGCCUUUUGAGGGCAUUCUCGGCUUGGGGCGGCCCCAGCCGAAGGAGGACGGAAAGUAUGUUGAGAUGACCUCCGCCCGCGGCGUUGCGGUGCCAGGCUUCUUCGAGGCAGCCCGCGUGCAGCGGUUCUCCAUGUGCUUCAAUCGCAUGGAAGACGGCGUUUUGGGCGUGCACACGCCACAGCAGCCCACAAUGCUGAAAUCUGUGGGCAAAGUCCACUGGGGCCUCGACUUUCGGGGCAUCACAGUGGGCAAGAAUCUGGCCAUUAAGGCCGCUUUCUGCGACGCGAGCCAAAAGCCGGCAGGCAUGGAGACCGUUUGUGGCCUCAUUCCGGACAGCGGCACCACGCUUAUCACCGGCCCUACCUCCAUGCUGAUCACCCUGUUCGAGGAGAUCUGCCAGAACUGGCCACGCUGCCGUGCUGCACAUGAAGAGCUGAAGAAGGAAGUGAAGGAGAUGCCAGAAAUGCGGCUGGAAGGACUGUCGCUCUUGGGGCGUCCGAAGUCGGAGGCCGCGCCCGACGAGAUCAUUCGCAUCAUGAACAAGAUCCGAGACAUCAUGGAGAAGGCCGAUAAGGCGUCUGCGGCUUACCCGACAGGCCCACCGCGAGAACAGGUGUCGUCAGGCCCGAUGAUGUCUGAUACGCUGCAACUUCUCCUGGAGUCCUGCGCCAGCUGGAUCGAGGGCGUGGACCUCAAUGACGAGAUGCCCAAGUUGACCUUCCAUGUGGCUGGCGCCAACGGGGUUGAGACGGAUCUGGUCCUCCCCCCCCGCACCUACGUGCUUUCUGAGCAGUCUGUGGAUGGGCGGAAGGUGUGCAUACCCGCCUUCUCGCCCAACGAGAUGAAGACCACGCUGAACGGCGAUGUCUGGAUCAUGGGCACGCCGCUCUUCUAUGAGUACACAGCUCACUAUGACCGUGGACUUGGAAACCAGGAAGCGAGCAUGGCGUUCACCCCCAACGCCGACGAAGCCUGCGGUCAAUGCAAAGAUGAUGUCAUCGUCAAGAAGUCGUCUCUCAUCACAUCGAGCGCCCGCCGCACGGGGUUCGAGGGCUUGCAGUUCUUGACGCAGAAGCCAGUCAUGCGGAACCUCACCAACCUCGAGUCCAUUUAGGCGGAACGUCCAAAUCGGCACGUCUUUAUCUUCCGCACAGAGCCGAUUGCUUUCCGGACGCGUGAGUCCUCGUGAGCUUGGUCCAGAUUGGGCUCGUGCCACAUUGAAGCCGUCACACAA